AUGAGUUCCAAACAGCAGUUUGUCAAACUAAAUGAUGGCCACUUCAUUCCUGCUCUGGGUUUUGGCACCUAUAAACCCCAAGAGGUUCCCAAGAGUAAGUCACUGGAAGCUGCAAACCUAGCUAUAGGUGUUGGGUACCGCCAUAUUGAUACUGCUUUUGUGUAUCAAGUAGAAGAGGAGGUAGGACAGGCCAUUCAAAGCAAAAUUAAAGCUGGUAUUGUAAAGAGAGAAGACAUGUUCAUCACUACAAAGCUUUGGUGCACUUGUUUUCGGCCAGAGCUGGUCCAGUCUAGUUUGGAAAAAUCACUGAAAAGACUUCAACUGGACUAUGUUGAUCUUUACCUUAUGCAUUUCCCAGUGCCGAUGAAACCAGGGGAUGAUGAUUUUCCAAAAGAUGACCAAGGGAAAGUACUACUGGACACAGUGGACUUCUGUGACACAUGGGAGGCAUUGGAGAAGUGUAAGGAUGCAGGAUUGCUCAAGUCUAUUGGGGUGUCCAACUUUAACCACAAGCAGUUAGAGAGAAUCCUAAAUAAGCCAGGACUUAAGUACAAGCCUGUCUGCAAUCAGGUUGAAUGUCAUCUUUAUUUAAACCAGAGUAAGCUGCUGGAUUACUGCAAAUCAAAAGACAUUGUUCUCGUUGCUUAUGGUGCUCUGGGAACACAACGAUAUAAAGAAUGGGUGGACCAGAGCUCUCCAGUUCUCUUGAAUGAUCCAGUUCUUUGUGAUGUGGCCAAAAAGAACAAGCGAAGCCCUGCCCUGAUUGCACUUCGAUACCUGCUUCAGCGUGGGGUUGUGCCCCUGGCCCAGAGUUUCAAAGAAAAUGAGAUGAAAGAGAAUUUGCAGGUGAUGAGCUCUCCUUCUUAG